AUGGCUUCAUCAUCAGAAACCUUGUCUAAAAAUCUCCCUUUGAAACCAAUCCCAGGAAGCUACGGUCUUCCCAUCAUCGGACCCAUGCACGACAGACACGACUACUUUUACAACCAAGGACGCGACGAAUACUUUGCGUCAAGAGUCAAGAAAUACAACUCCACUGUCAUCAGAGUCAACAUGCCACCAGGUGGUUUCAUCGCACCUGAUCCUAAAGUCAUCGCUCUCCUCGACGGUGUUUCCUUCCCUAUCCUUUUGGAUAACGCGAAAGUCGAAAAACGUGACGUCCUCGAUGGAACUUUCAUGCCUUCCACUAACUUCUUCGGCGGCUACCGCACCUGCGCCUUUCAAGACACCGCAGAACCUUCCCAUAGUCUCCUCAAACGGUUAAUCUUUUUUAUCCUAUCCUCAAAACACAACACCUUUAUACCUCUCUUCAUUACCAACCUCUCUGAACAUUUUACCGAUCUCGAAAAAGAACUCUCCAAACAGGGUAAAGCAAACUUCAACUCCUCCGUCGGAGUCGCCUGUUUCAACUUCCUCUUCAAGUUCAUCACAGACAAAAACCCUACCGAAACAAAAAUCGGUGACUCCGGGCCAACGCUUGUCCAAGUAUGGCUUGCAGCUCAGCUUGCACCGUUGGCCACAGCUGGUCUUCCGAAAAUAUUCAACUACAUCGAAGAUGUUCUCAUCAGAACCCUUCCGAUCCCAGCGUGGACUGUGAAAUCCAGUUACAACAAGCUUUACGACGGUAUAAUGGAAGCAGGAACAUCAGUUUUAGACGAAGCUGAAAAGAUGGGAAUAAAAAGAGAAGAAGCUUGUCACAACCUAGUUUUCACUCUAGGUUUCAACGCUUUCGGUGGUUUAACGAACCAGUUUCCGAUCCUGCUAAAAUGGGUCGGGUUAGGUGGUGCGAGUUUACACAAGAAACUUUCCGACGAAAUCAGAACCGUUGUUAAGGAAGAAAACGGUGUCAAUUUCAGAUCGUUGGAUAGGUUGACUUUGACUAAAUCAGUGGUCUACGAAACGAUGAGGAUUGAACCUGCUGUACCGUAUCAAUACGCGAAAGCGAGGGAGGAUCUGGUGGUGCAGAGUCACGAUGCGUCUUUCGAGAUCAAGAAAGGGGAGAUGAUCUUUGGAUAUCAACCGUUCGCUACUAAAGAUCCUAAGAUAUUUGAGAAACCUGAAGAGUUUGUUGCGGAUAGGUUUGUUGGUGAUGGAGAGAAGAUGUUGAGACACGUGUUCUGGUCCAAUGGACGUGAGACUGAUGAGCCUACACCUGAUGAUAAAAUGUGUCCGGCUAAGGAUCUGGUGGAGCUCCUGUGUAGGGUGUAUUUGGUGGAAUUCUUCUUGCGUUACGAUACUUUUACCUUUGAUUUUAAACCGUCGGUUUUGGGUCCAAGUAUUACUAUCAAGUCACUCACCAAGGCUUCCUCCACCGUCUGA